AUGAUAUUGUUGCCGAGACAGGACUCGUUUGAAAUUGAAAUGACCGAUAGUUUAAAAUACAUGUUGGGUAUAACAGAAUGGAAUGUUCACUCCAUAAUCAGCCAAAUUAAAGAGCAAUUUGAGAAGAAUGUGCCAGAUGCAUCCCUAUCAAUGUUGCAAAUCAUGCUGCUUGCGACAGGACUUCAACCUGAACACUACACAUUUCACAGGAAAUUUAUGCCCGACAUGAGUAAUGGUAUAAAGAAAAUGUUCAUUUAUUGUGAUGAGGUGGAACAUUCUAUUGUGGGUAAUGUUAAAGCAAGACAUUUAGCAAGUAUACCAAUUGUAACCGAGGAUCAAGGAAGUUCGUCAUUGUGCAAUUAUAGACCACCGGAAGUAACUCGAGGGUUAAUUAAAUGUAACAUUAAAGAUUUACAUAUAGGCAUAUACGAUACAACCUUCACAGCACUACCGUUUUCUGCUGGUACUAUUACUAUUGAGUGUGUGAUAGAAAAAAAUAUGUUGAAACUAGAGAUGACCGUGCAAAAUCAAGAACUGGUUCCCACGAGUUAUAAAUUGUAUAAGUAUGAGACUUUUAACUUGGCCAACAUGAAGACGAAAAAAAUACUACAACUUGAGUUAUGUUUGGGUUAA